AUGCUGCGACUCUGUGCCCUGCUGCUGGCGCCCCUUGGCGCUGCCGGAGCUGCCGGCGACUGGCAAUGGACCGCGCUGCGCGGAGGCUCCGACAAUGACCGCUUCUAUGCCAUGAAGGUCCACCCGCACGGCAAUGUCAUCGCCGGAGGCUACACAGAAUCCUCGCUGGAUGGCUACACCAGCGCCGGUUUAGGCGAUGCUUUCCUCAUGAGCUUUGACAGCACCGGCGCCUGGCAAUGGACCGUGCAGCGUGGAGGCUCCGGCUGGGACCGCUUAGAGGCCCUCCAGGUCCACCCGGACGGCAACGUCAUCGCCGCGGGCUGGACAGAAUCCUCGCUGGAUGGCUACACCCAUUCCGGUUCAGGUGAUGCCUUCCUCAUGAGCUUUGACAGCACCGGCGCCUGGCAAUGGACGGUGCAGCGAGGAGGCUCCGGCAGUGACCGCUUCCAUGCCCUCCAGGUGCACCCGGACGGCAACGUCAUCGCCGCGGGCUCCACAGAGUCCUCACUGGAUGGCUACUCGAACGCCGGUUCCAGCGAUGGUUUCCUGAUGAGCUUCAACAGCACCGGCGCCUGGCAAUGGACCGCGCAGCGUGGCUCCGGCUAUGAAGGCUUCUAUGCCCUUCAGGCAGGGAGCGGGGGCAGCGAGGGAGGGGGCAAGUUCGAGGUGCUCGGCGUGGCAGUUGGUUGGAAGGCUGGCAGGCUGGAAUGGCGCAAGGUCCACCCGGACGGCAACGUCAUCGCCGCGGGCUACACAGAAUCCUCGCUGGAUGGCUACACCCAUGCCGGUUCAGGUGAUGCCUUCCUCAUGAGCUUUGACAGCACCGGCGCCUGGCAAUGGACGGUGCAGCGAGGAGGCUCCAUUCGCUCCGGCAAGGAAAUCUUCUUUGCCCUCCAGGUCCAGCCGAACGGCAACAUCAUCGCCGCGGGGGUCACUGAUUCCUCACUGGAUGGCUACACCCAUGCCGGUUCAGGCGAUGCCUUCCUCAUGAGCUUUGACAGCACCGGCGCCUGGCAAUGGACGGUGCAGCGAGGAGGCUCCGGCGAUGACAAUUUCCAUGCACUGCAGGUGCAGCCGAACGGCAAUGUCAUCGCUGCCGGCUUCACAUAUUCCUCGCUGGAUGGCUACACCAAUGCCGGUUCAGGUGAUGCUUUGCUCAUGAGCUUCGAG